AUGAAUUCUAACCGUCGGGCUUUUCCACCGCCAACUACUCUUCCUCCGAGAUUUCCGCAUGGUUUGACCUCAGCUCCUUUGGGAUAUCGACCAUCUGGGAUUUCAGUACCUCAGCAGCAUAGUCGCCUCCAUCUACCAUCUCAAUCCAAUCAAACUUAUCAGCCUGUUUUCGUUAUUCCUAUUUCUGCAGCUUCCAAUUCUGUUGAUCCAUAUGCUGUGGAUCUAUCCACAAAUACUCGACCAUUCUCGGUUCCUGCUAUUGCUCCAAGACCUGAAAAUCCUGUUCCUCCAUCAUCAACAGUAGCCAGGGGGAAAAGAUCAAUAACUCCCAUAGAUGAUCGUGAAAUGCGAAGAAGAGUCAAAAAACAGAACAUGGAACGCCGACGUCGCGCUUGCAUUUCCGACAAACUCACAGCUCUUCAUAGUCUGGCUGUCUCACUCAUCGGAGAAAAACCCCAACAGCAAACUAACCAGAGGACUGAGAUUACCGAUAUGCUCAAUCAGUGCGUCAAUGUCCUAAAAGGCAUAUCUGAAUUCGUGAAAAGUGAACCAGAAUUGCAAGCGAAAAUGCAUCGACUGAGUAUAAAGUCUUCCAAUGCCCCCGAAGAUCAGAAGCGUAGAAAACGAGUGAACCAGAACGAGCCGUCUUCUUCUACCUCAACAGAGAGAUUUGAAGAAGAUGAAAAUAAGGAGAACGUCCCAAGAGUUUCAGCAUUCACCCCGGUGGUGGGUCGAUUGAAUCCACUUUCUGUAGUGUCACUCCCUGCUCCGAAAUGCAUGACCCCUACGCAAACGGCGGGUCGUAAGAGGGGGAGUGUAGACAGUGGUCUGGAUGUCUGUCUCACCUCACCCUCUUUCUCGUCAUCAAAUCCCUCUGAUUCCUCCUCAUCCUUUGCAAUCCCUUCAACUCCACCACUUAAGAGGCCACGAAAUCCUGAAACAGCCAAAAUUUGGCGCCCCUACGAGCAUUGA